UUGUCGAUGUUAUGCAUUAACUGUUACAUUUGAAGGACGGUGACGAGUGUUUAUAGGACGCAGCAGGCAGACAUUUACUGUACACUCAUAUCGCUAAGUUUGGUGGUUUUAAGACAGCAUCAUGUUCCGUGGCCCAAGAAGGGGUCCAAUGCGAGGUCCCAUGCGUGGUCCAAUGCGUGGUCCAAUGCGUCGCCGUCCAUUGGCAACGGCAGUAGUGGUCGGAGCUGCCGCAGGUGCAGUUUCUCGGUCUGGAAAAUCGUCUUCAAGCAAAACCACCGUCGUCCAACAUAGUCAACCGCAACCAACUUAUUACUAUGUCCAACAGCCGCCGCCAAAUCAGCAGCAUUAUCCCACACCGGUCCCUCAACAGUAUCAGCCACAUGCGCAGCCACCACCAUAUCAGCCGCCGCAAGCACAGCAACCACCACCACUACCUCAAUCAGCGACAACCAACGUUUACAAUGUUACUAUACAGGAGAAAGACUCGAAAGGAAAAACAGAAAAAGACGUAGAUCUGAUUAAUUUCGGUGACGGCGCCACAUCGAACCAACCAUCUGCACCUGCAGCUGCAUCCUCAUCGUCCUUGCCGUACCCGGCACAACAUCCCGUGGGUAUGCCGGUGCCUCAACCAUACGGAUACGCAACACCACAGCAGGCCGGGGAUUUGCUGCGUAAUCCACAUCCAGGCGGAGCACAGCCAUCACACAAUGUUACGCCAAACCAACAAACUCAAACCCCGCCUUAUCCCAUAUAA